AUGUCGGGCCCCGGGCCGCGGGAGCCGCCGCCUGAGGCAGGCGCGACGGGCGGCGAGGCGGGCCCCGAGGGCGCGGGCGGCGGGGACGCGGCGCUGGGAGAGCCGGGGCUGAGCUUCACGACCACCGACCUGAGCCUGGUGGAGAUGACGGAAGUGGAGUACACGCAGCUGCAGCACAUCCUCUACUCGCACAUGGAGGCGGCGGACGGCGAGCUCGAGGCGCGCCUGGGCUCCGCGCUGCUGGCCGGCCCGGGCGCGGGCUCGGGCGCGGCGGGCUCGCUGGCGCCGGCGCCGCCCGUGUACCCAGUGCUGUGCCCGCCGCUGGCGGCCGACGCGCCGUGCCUGGGCCACGUCGACUUCCAGGAGCUGCGUAUGAUGCUGCUGGGCGAGGCGGGAGCGUCGGAGAAGACGCCUGGCGGUGCGGACGGGACGCGGACGCGGGCGGACGGCGCGGCCAAGGAAGGCGCGGGCGGCUCGGGGCCCGACGGCGCACCCGAGGCCCGGGCCAAGCCGACCGUACGCGUCCGUCUGGAGGACCGCUUCAACAGUAUGCCGGCCGAGCCGCCUGCGCCGCGCGGUGCUGAGCCCGCAGAGUCGGGCGUGGCGCUCAACAAUUUGGUAACUCUUAUUCGACAUCCAUCUGAAUUAAUGAAUGUUCCUCUUCACCAGCAACAAAACAAAUGUACGACCUUAGUGAAAAAUAAAACUGCUGCUGCCACUACUGCUUUGCAGUUCACCUACCCACUGUUUACAAGUGCCUGCUCCACUGGUGGGAAUGCCAGCCUUGCACAGACGCAGAGUUCUAGUAACUCAUGCUCUAUACUGGAAGCUGCCAAACACCAGGAUAUUGGACUGCCUAGAGCAUUUUCUUUCUGUUACCAGCAAGAGAUUGAGUCAACCAAACAGACAGGAGGAAGUAGAAACAAAGCCUUGCCGGAGCAGGUUUGGAUUAAAGUGGGAGAAGAAGCGCUAUGUAAACAAGCAAUCAAUAAGAGGAAUAGGAGUAGAAUCCGCCAGCUGGACACAAGCGUGGAGCGAAGAGCCCUUGGAGAGAUUCAGAAUGUGGGUGAAGGCUCUUCAGCUUCACAGGGCACCUGGCAGUCUUCAGAGUCCUCACAGUCAAACCUGGGGGAGCAGACACAAAGCGGACCCCAGGGAGGAAGGUCUCAGCGUCGGGAGAGGCAUAACCGAAUGGAACGAGAUAGAAGGCGCAGAAUCCGCAUUUGCUGUGAUGAGCUGAAUCUUUUAGUUCCAUUCUGCAAUGCGGAGACAGAUAAAGCAACAACCCUUCAGUGGACCACAGCAUUCCUGAAAUACAUUCAGGAAAGACAUGGGGAUUCUCUUAAAAAGGAAUUUGAGAGCGUAUUUUGCGGUAAAACUGGCAGAAGGCUAAAGCUGACCAGACCUGAAUCCCUGGUGACCUGCCCUGCACAGGGCAGUCUGCAGAGCAGCCCUGCCAUGGAGAUCAAGUGACUGGACUGACCCAGGCCCUGGGAGAGAACCGCCGUUCCUGCGGCAUCGUGCACAUGCCUGCCAUCCCGGCGUUCAGCUUGGAGUCCUCGAGAGGG